AUGGUAGGUCUACGACCGGUAUCGAUAGCACCUCACAAGCUAAAUCGUAUUGUAUACACCUCUUCUUAUACUCAGUCCGCCCUCUUCAACUUUCAAUCGCUCCUGCUCGUAUGGCUGCUCUUGAUCUGUACCUGUACCUACGUUCGAGGAACCGCUCCGGGGUUGGUAGAUAGGAACAAGGAAGGGUUCUUGGGGAUCUUCUUCAAGUGUUCUCGGAUAGGGGAACGACUCUCGCCAUACGUCAGCCUUGCAUGCAUAGCCAUGGCCGUCAAGAUCUUGAUCGCAACAUGA